AUGACCGGGUCAAUAACAACCUCAUUUUUACAUAAGGGAAUCAAUAUCCCUGGAGUUAAGAAUAAUACUAAAUUUAUAAAAUGGAUUGAAGAGAGUGAAAUUAAUUUACAUAAUAACUUAUCAGUUAAUAUAAGUGAAUUAGGAGGAAUAGGAUUAUUUUUCAAGAAUGAAGAUAAUAUUCAAGAAAAUGAAGAGAAUGAAGAUGUGGAUUUAAUAAUAUUAAGAAUCCCAGAAAGUUCAACUUUCGAUUAUAAAAAUCUUCUAAUUGUUUUAGAAGUUUUGAAAGUUAGAGAUAAAACAUUUGUUGAUGAAGAAUGUAAAGAUAGUGAAUUAAUAGUUAAUGUGUUGGAAAUUUUUGAACCCAGUACUGAAACUCAAAUUGUAACAUGUUAUUUUAUUGCUUUCAAAAUGUUACAAGAAAUUCAAACUCAUUCAAGUGAUUAUUAUAAAACAUCACCAUUAAGGAAAUUUGAUAUUUAUCUUGAAAUAUUGUUGCAUACUCUGACAUUGGCAUUUCCAAGUAUUGAAUCAAGUGAUGAUCCAUUUAUAUCUAGUCAUAUACAAAAUAGUAAUCAAGUUAAAUUUGAAUUUGAUUCCUUUAUUCAAGAAUUAAAUAUAUUAUAUGAUCAUGGUAUCGAUUUUGAGGGAAGUAUUUUACCUUUUAGAACCUUUUAUCAAUUAACACAAGCUAUCAAAUCAAGAACAUUAGAGAUUCCACAUGAACAUAAUGAAGAAGAUGAUGAUGAUGAAGAUGGGGAUGAUGAGGAAAAUGAUGAGAAUGAAAAAAGUACAUUAAUAGGUCAACAAUAUGACCUUAAUGGUAAUACUCUGGAGUUGGAGAAUUUGGUCAAUAGUUUGGACUUUAGUGAUACUGAACAACUGGAAGAAUAUGAACUUAAUGGAAUAACUAGUGAUAAUAAUCUUAAUAGUCAUAAAACUAAUUCAAAUACUGAUGGUAGUACCAUCAGCAAAAGAAAUAAUAAUGGUGAUUAUUAUACUAAUGUCACGUUAGUACCUAUAUUAGACUUUGCCAAUCAUAAACAUAAUAGUAAUUCAUAUUUUGAUAUUGAUAGAUCAAAUAAAGAUAUAGUAUUGAAAUUAAGAAGAGAAAUAAUUAAUGAAUUAAAUGAUAAUGAUGAAAUUGAAAUUACUAUUAGUUAUUCACCAACCGAGAGUAUUCAACACUUUAUUACAACUUAUGGAUUCAUUCCUGAAUUAGUUAAGAACCCAUCCAUAAAAGAAUAUUACCAAUUAUUUGAAUAUAAAUUAAUCCACUUAGAUAAAUAUUAUCCGCAUGCUACACAAAUAUGUAAAUGGUUAAGGAUUAUGCCACAAGUUCAAAUUGUCUUAAGUAACAAAGGUGAUGAUCAAAUUUAUUUCAAUAUUUAUGGUAAUAAAUUACCGUUAUUAUUUUUAGAAGGAUUAGAAUAUAAUGAAGAUUGGAAAAAAGGAGCAGUAGAUAAUUUUAAAGAAUAUAAUGAAAUUCCUAAUGAUUAUGAGAUUGAAGAUAAUAAAAUUUUAGAAAUUUUACAUCUGCAAGAAUCACAAUAUGAUGUAAUUAAUGGAGUUGAACCAAUUGGAUUAAAAUAUAAGGGAGAAAUAGUUCGUCAUUUAAGUGAAAUUAGAGUUAAUAAUCCAGUUGAAGAAGAUAAUUUAAUAUUAAAAUCUAUUGAUUAUAUUAUAAAACAUAUUAGAGAUAAAUUACAAACUUUAAGGAAUAUUAAAGAUGGCCCUAAUGAAAAUGAAGAACAAGAAGAAGAAUAUGAUGAUGAUGAUGAUGAUGAUGAUGACAAUUAUAAGAUUAUGAUUAAUAAUUACUAUCGGUUGCAAAAACGCAUGUUAGAAAUUAUCGUUGCGAAAUAUGAUGAAGACCCUCGCUCGGUUGUACUACCAGAACAUUUAGCUCAUCAUGAUUGGGAAAUUAAUUAUCGGUCAUUACCCCGGGAAAUGGAAUUAGAUUAG